UACCGUAACACGUCAUCCGCACGCGACGGCUCAUAAUAACUAGUCACUACGCUUUAGCUGGUUAUUCUAGCUGUUCCGUUCCUUAUUUCUUGUAUCUGCCUUGACACAAUUGUCGAAAAUGUAAAACGUUUGAUUUUUUAGCAUGCACUGUGUCGUGAGAAUGUCAAAAUAAUGACCCUGUCUUCAUGACCUCCUGGCCUGACAUCCAUUAAAGCAGUGCAAGUCCCACCACACCAUGCUUUUCUCUCUGCGUGAGCUGGUCCAAUGGCUCGGCUUUGCCACCUUCGAGCUCUUCCUCCACCUUGUGGCGCUGCUGGUCUUCAGCGUGCUUGUGGCUCUGCGUGUGGACCUGCUGAACACCAUGAGCUGGUGGCUGGUGUUCGUGCCGCUGUUUGCUGCAGACGGUCUCAGCACCUACUUCACAGCCAUCGUCUCCAUCCGCCUGUAUCAGGAAGGAGAGGAGCGUCUGGCCGUGCUGCGUCUGCUCUGGGUGCUCACCGUGCUCAGCCUCAAGCUGGUGUGUGAGGUGCUGCUUUGCCAGAAACUGGCCGAGCGGGAGCAGGAGCAGACGCGUGACCCACUCUUCGGCCUCAUCAUCUCGCCACUUUUCGUCCUCCUGCAGCUGCUCAUGAUCCGUGCAUGCCGCGUUAAUUAGUAUGAACACAACAGAUCACCACCAUUUUAACUGUUUGGCUCCAUCCACGGGAACUUGAACGAGCAUUCCUCAUGCGUUUGUAUGUUAUUUAAAUCAGAGAGAUUUGGUUACAAUUCAGAGCCGCAGCUUAAAUGACAAUUUUUUUUAUAUUUUCUUGCCUCAAAUCUAUAAAAAUUUGUUGUUGUGUCCAUUACGGUGAAAUCUGUUCUGUGUGUGUUUUUGUGUCAGAUCUAAAUGCUGAAUGAACUCAUGGUUCAUUUCUCUUUCUCUCUCAGAUGUUGCUCUUAUUCUGCCUCUGUAAUGACUACACUUUAUUUGUAUAUAUUGUAAAUAA